AUGCCUUUCACCAAGCUGGUCAAGAACUCCGCGUACUAUAGUCGCUACCAGACUAAGUACAAGCGCCGUCGUUCCGGAAAGACCGAUUACUACGCCAGAAAGCGUCUCAUCACUCAAGCCAAGAACAAGUACAAUGCGCCAAAAUACCGUCUCGUUGUCCGAUUCACCAACCGCGACAUCGUCAUGCAAAUCGUUACCUCCGAAAUCACUGGUGACAAGGUUUUCUGCGCCGCAUACUCCCACGAGCUCAAGGCCUACGGUAUUGAGCACGGUCUUACCAACUGGGCUGCCGCAUACUGCACUGGUCUCCUUAUCGCCCGUCGUGUCUUGAAGAAGCUCGGUAUGGACAAGGAUUUCACUGGUGUUGAAGAAGCUGAUGGAGAGUACCAACUCACCGAGGCUGCUGGUGAUGAGGAGAGACGUCCAUUCAAGGCUUUCCUCGAUGUCGGUCUCCACCGCACUUCCACUGGUGCCCGUAUCUUUGGAGCCAUGAAGGGUGCAUCUGAUGGUGGUAUCCUCGUUCCCCACUCCGAGAACCGUUUCCCAGGUUACGACAUGGAGACCAAGGAGCUCGAUGCUGAGACUCUCCGCAAAUACAUCUUCGGCGGACACGUCGCUGAGUACAUGGAGACCCUCGCAGAUGAUGAUGAGGAGCGUUACAAGUCUCAAUUCCAAGGUUACAUCGAUGACGAGAUUGAGGCCGAUGGAUUGGAGGAGUUGUACCAAGAGGCCCACAAGGCUAUCCGUGAGGAUCCAUUCAAGAAGGUUGAUGGGGAGAAGAAAUCAAAGGACGAGUACAAGCAGGAGUCUUUGAAGUACAAGGGACGCAAGUUGACCAAGGACGAGAAGCGCGAGAGAGUCAAGGCCAAGAUCGCCGAAUUGAGAGAAUAA